UUCUCCCCGCUCUCUGUUUCAUUAAAAUUAAAAAAAAAAAACCCUGCUCUCUCCCUGCUAGAGGAAGAAAAUAAUGGCAAGCAGUGCAGCUGCGAACUUGGAAGAUGUUCCAUCAGUGAAUCUCAUGACUGAGCUCCUCCGUCGCAUGAAGUGCUCCUCCAAACCCGACAAGCGUCUCAUUCUCAUCGGCCCUCCUGGAUCAGGAAAAGGUACUCAAUCACCAAUCAUUAAGGACGAGUACUGUCUAUGCCACUUGGCUACUGGUGACAUGUUGCGAGCUGCUGUUGCCGCUAAAACCCCUCUUGGGAUUAAGGCUAAGGAGGCAAUGGACAAGGGGGAACUUGUUUCCGACGACUUGGUUGUGGGGAUCAUAGAUGAAGCAAUGAAGAAACCUUCAUGUCAGAAAGGUUUCAUUCUAGAUGGAUUUCCUAGGACUGUGGUCCAAGCAGAGAAGCUUGAUGAAAUGCUUCAAAAGCAGGGAGCUAAAAUUGACAAGGUGCUUAAUUUUGCAAUUGAUGAUGCAAUUUUGGAGGAGAGGAUCACUGGCCGGUGGAUCCAUCCUUCCAGUGGCAGAACCUACCAUACAAAAUUUGCACCUCCCAAGGUUCCUGGUGUUGAUGAUGUAACUGGAGAACCUUUGAUUCAACGCAAAGAUGAUACUGCAGCUGUUCUUAAGUCAAGGCUAGAGGCAUUUCACAGGCAAACUGAACCGGUUAUUGGUUAUUAUAAGAAUAAGGGUGCUGUUGCAGAGCUUCAUGCAGAGAAACCGCCAAAGGAGGUUACAGCCGAGGUUCAGAAAGUGCUUUCCUCAUGAAAUUGGGGCCCUUUGGACUCGUAACAUAUUAUUUCCCUUGGGAAUUCAGCGAAUUUUGUUUUCAUAUGUAUCAAACAUGUUGUCACAUACGCUGAUCAUUUUGCUUUCCUUUUAUUUUAUUUGCGAAUUGCCGGCAGCCUUUUGUCACUGAGGAAAUAACCGAGUACACAUACAAAAUAAAAGAUGCUACAGGGUUGGCUUA